ACGUCACAAGAGCGGGACCCCGGUUUCCGCCGCUUGGCCUCCCGAUUUCUCUUGAGAGACCUUGACAAGUGGAAGAAAACGGUGGUGUUGGAUUUAUUAUUUUUUAGUAAUCAUACAUCCGCGGUGUGACCUAAGAUCGCAUUUUCAAGUCACCGCUGCAUCUUUGAGAGCCAAGAUGGCUUACUGUAGGCCGUUCAAUCUUAUGAGACGGGUUCCUGCGCGUCCUCGUCGGGAGACCUGUCUGUCUUUUUCAUCUAAAGACACCACAGCUGCCGUUCGGGCAACGCAGCAACCAGUCAAGAACCGUCAGAAGAAAAGAGACAGGAGGCCCACCCGGGCCGGUGAUUUGUCCUGGGAGGACAGGCUGGCCUCAGUGGUCACCCCCCUGUGGAGGCUCACCUAUGACGAGCAACUUGAAGUCAAGCAAAAACAUCAGGAGAAAAUACUGGAGCAGCUCUGCGAUGGCGGAAAGAUCACCUUCCCCGUCCUGCCUAUCCUGCCGUCCCCAGUUAGGGACGGUUAUCGAAACAAGACGACCUUCUCCGUCAACAGGGGAGUGGACGGGAACCCCAAGACGGUUGGGUUUUACGUGGGCAAAGGCAAGGAUGGCAACAUUGUGUGCGUCAAUGGAGACCACCUGCCCAACAUGCCGGAGAAGCACAAACAAGUGGCCGGACGCUACCAGGAAUUCAUCCGCCGCUCUUCCCUGGAGCCUUGCCUCCUCCUCCACGACGGGGGCCACUGGAGAGAGGUCACGGUGAGGACCGAUGCAGCCGGCAACACCAUGGCCAUCGUGUAUUUCCACCCACAAGGGCUCUCCCGGGAGGAGGUGGCGGCCCAGCGGGAAGACUUGGCCGAGUUCUUCGCCAGCGGCCCGGGGUCGGCUUGUGAGCUGGACUCACUUUACUUCCAGGAGAGCGCCGUGACGCGUUGUACGCGUGAGGACUCGCCCUACCAGCUCCUGUUUGGUCACUCGCACAUUUAUGAGCAGAUGCUGGGCUUUAGCUUCCGCAUCUCUCCGGACGCAUUCUUCCAGGUGAACCGUAGCGCCGCUGGGGUGCUCUACAGCGCGGUCCGAGACUUGUGCGUCCCCGAUCGCGAAGACGGAUCGGGGACUCUCCUGGACGUGUGCUGCGGGACGGGCGCCAUGGGCAUCACGGCGUCCCCCAGAGUACGGCGACUCGUCGGGGUGGAGCUCGUAGAGCAGGCGGUGGAAGACGCCAGACACAACGCGGCCCUCAACCGGCUCCACAAGUGCCGGUUCGUGGCCGGAAAGGCGGAGGCGGUCCUCCCCGACCUCGUGUCCCAGUUGGGGUCUGAAGACGGGCGCCUGGUGGCGGUGGUAAACCCCUCCCGCGCCGGUCUCCAUCACCGAGUGAUCCGGGCCUUGCGCAGCCAGCCCGCCAUCCGCCGUCUGGUCUACGUGUCCUGCAAGCCGGAGGGCGAGGCCAUGAGGAACUUCAGGGAACUUUGUUGCGCAGCCGACCCGGCGAGGAAACUCCAGGGCGACGCCUUUUCUCCAAGUCUGGCCGUGCCCGUGGACAUGUUCCCGCAUACGGAACACUGCGAACUAGUGAUUCUCUUUGAGAGGUAGCGAAUGGCAUCUUCCGCCGUCCACCUCCUUGCCUGGGGGGACACUUUGCCAUUGCCGCCACAUAUUCAGACUCUUUUUGUGCCUGUGUCACUCUUUUGUUUUACACCAAGUCCUGCAGUCGGGCAGUAUUUCUUGCGAAAAUGCAAACUCAUCGUUGUCGUGUAAGGCAAGACGGCAACCGUCGCAUGAAAAGCGCUCUGGCGGAUCAAUAAAGUUUUUACCUUCUUC